AUGGCAGCUCGCCACGUUUGCUUUAUAAUUAUUCCCAAUGUGUUUGUUUGCUCCUCAUGCAGAUUCAAGUUGACCCAGAUAGCGGUGGAUACGUCGGCGGGGCCGUACAAAAACUACACGGUGGUUUUCCUCGGCUCAGACAACGGCCACGUGCUGAAGAUCCUCGCCAGCACCGAGGGAGCCAACGCAUCCUUCAGCACGCAACUCCUCGAGGACAUCGACGUCUACAACCCCAACAAAUGCAACGUGCAGGGGGAGGACCGGAGGGUGCUGGGCCUGGAGCUGGACCGGGAUCAUCACGCCUUGUUCGUGGCGUUUUCCAGCUGCGUGAUCCGGGUGCCGCUCAGCCGCUGCUCCGACUACAGCACCUGCAAGAAGAGCUGUCUGUCUUCACGGGACCCGUACUGCAUUUGGCUGAAGUCAGGCAGCUGUGCCACCGUCUCACCUGGAUUAAAAGGCGGAUUUGAACAGGAUGUGGAGAACGGCUACCAUCAGCUCCCUGAUACCUGCCACGAUGUCCUGGCGACCACACGCAAGCAAAACCCUGCACUAGAUUCAGCGUAUGGGAAGACCACACCCACAAGCGCCAGCACAACCUAUCAUGGGGCGGCAUUCCCAAAGGAGGCAGGUGACCCUGAAAGAGGUACAGGUCCUGAUGGCCCUCCCCCAGUGGGGGAACAAGGGUCACCUGACUCGGAGCCAAUCAGUGUGGAGAUGGAGGGUGUGAGGCGGCCACCAGACCUGGAGAAGACCAAUCACAGUGUUCAUUAUACACUCCUGAUCGCAUGUGUUUUGGUGGCCUUUGUCCUCGGCGCCUUUCUCUCUGGCUUCCUGGUCUCCUGCUACUGUAAUCACACAGGCCACAAGACCAAGAAGUUGGCAAAAGAUCCUGAGGCUCCGAUUCCACACGCCCUAUCCCUCCGCAGCCUGGCCAAACUCAACGGCCUCCUGGACAGCCAAAGUAAGGAUGACAAGCUGGAGGUGUCAUCUCCAAAGAUCUACAAUUCUUUCUUCACCAACAGCAAGGAACAUCACCCAUCAAGGAGAAAUGGCCACCAUGCAAUGACAAUGGGAGACCUGGUUCACCCCCACCAUCACCACCUUCACCAUUCCUCAGAACUCUCCGGUCUGCCGACACCAGACUCGACCCCAGAGCUGCCCAUCAAGAGCAUGAAAGCCUUCAAGAACCAGUGGGAGAAGAACCAGAAUUGCAACAAUGCCAAAGACCCAAAGUCCCACAAUGUUGGCUCCAGACCCAGCUCCGCCCUGCUUCACCAGCAGGUCUUCCCCUACUCCCACGGCCUGUCCAAUGGGCAGCCACUAGUUGGGGGUCACCUCCUUUCAGAGGAACGUAAAAUCCACAAUGUUGAGCGUGUGCUAUCCCAGCAGCCUUACCCUGGUUACUCGCAGAAGGUGAUGGAGGUAACCUCACUGGACGAGCUCCUGAAGCACAUCCAUGAAGCAAGCAGCAGUAAAAACUCCCAGUUGAUGAGCCCAUCAGGUCUGAUGGCCAGUGGUGGUGGAGGCCAAUUAGCCUUUGCCAACCGAAUCCAACCUCAGAUCCCUGAGACCGAAUCUGCCCCCUACUACAGCUCGUCAACUUUACCACGAGAUAGCCUUACCCGACGCAUGGAUGUUCCUCCUGACAUCCCUCCACACCACCAGUCCACUCUAGAGAGGAGGCACUCCUCCCAGAGGCACUCAUUGAUUGCUGCAGCCACCAAGAUGCCAAGUGGAGGUGGAGGAGGGGGAAUGAUCCCUCGCCAGCACAGCUUCAGUCAACGAAACGGUGGGCCCCACCAACCACCUCCCCUGCUGGCACGGAUGAACUCAACAGGCAGCGCAUGCGAGGUUCACUACCCUCUCAUCCCUAAUGGGUACCUGGCACGCCAGCACAGCUACACCGGAGAGCAGGAGGUCCCACACAGGGGUGCCAUUGUCCGCCGGGCCUCCUCGCUCAAACCCGACGUCCCUCCCAAACCUUUGUUCAUACCUGCCACAUCCCCGGUUAACCAACAGGGGAAGUUCAACUACUGAGGAGAUUCACUCCUGGACUAGAGGAGGUCUCCCUCAUUGUCUCCUUAAAGGACAUUCUCUUUGAAGAAAUCCAGUGGGUUUGAGGUUUCAGACAGAACAAGAAAACACAACCUAUCAUGUGACAUCCAGUGUCACUGUGGACAAAAGCCUCAACCAAACUUGUUUUUUCCCACUCUUUUUGUCCAGCGAAUAUCUUUGUACCAUAUUGGUAUUGCUCAGCUACUUGCUUAUUAUAGAACCGCUGACCCGGGUGACGUGACGCCACCUCCUUAUAUUAGGCUGCCAAUGUCCUCAGUGUGGAUUUACAAUGCAACUUAGUUUUUGGACACAUCGAUGUUGGAAAAACGUAACUCAUCAGUCAUCAUGAACACUUUAAAGCCGGAGGCUCCUGCGAUGCUUAGAUUCAGGCUUUUGCUUAACCUUUUCUGAUGUAGUGUUGGUAACCAGUCCCCACCCACCCCACCCUCGAAUGUGUUUAUAUUAUGCAUGUGUGUGUAUAUAUAUGUGUGUUUAUAUCCACACCGUAUAUGUAUACAUAUACAUUUGCAGUAUAUGUAACCUGUGGUGAAAAGUCAGCAAAUUCCCCUGAAAGUAGUUAUGUCUUGGCCUUACUAUACUCUUUCAUCUUUGGGCAUAUCAAACGAUCCCCCCACACACUCUUAAGAAAUAUCUUAGACACCAAAUCAUGCACUUCAUCAACACAGCUCAUUGUCAGUUGGCUAAAAAAACAAUGAACCAAAUUUGUUUGUGUUGACAAGAGAAAGGAAAUACUUCAACAAAGCAGCUAUUCUUGUCUCUUCUCUCUUUUCUUUCCCUGUUCCAGCAGAUGUCAGGUCAGGAGUGACCUAAUUGGGUCCAUUUAAGUUCCUCCAGAAUGUUUCUAUGACGUUGGUGCUCCACAAAUUCAGAGGGUUUAACAUCCUCUGCAAUGAAAAAAAAAAAAUACUGUAUACUCAGAAAUGUUUUGGACCCAAAUGACAAGACAAACAUGCCAUGCCAUCUGGCAGAAUGAACAUUACACGUAGAACGAAUUGCAAGUAUUAUAAUUAUUAACUUUGUGACUAUUGGUUGUAAAUAAAGGAAUAAUUACUAGCCAAAUUUUAA